CACUCGAAAGCAUUUUCACUACCUCGAAACCAAACCAGAAGGCCCAAAAAAAAAAAAAGAUGGCAGCAACCUUCCACGUUCGAUCUAACAGCUUUCCCUCAAGGCAACACCCUCAAGCUGCUCAUGUGGAAGAGCAGUUGUGCCGGUUGAGAUCCUCUGAAGCCGUUUCUACAUCUUCUUCCUCUUCUAUCUGUCAAAGACUAAACGGCCUUCAAGAUUUGCAUGAUUCCCUUGAGAAGCUCCUUCGCUUACCCUUCACCGAACAAACCCUUGACAAGAAAGCCGUCGAGCAUCUUCUUGAUGGAUCUCUCAGGAUAUUGGAUUUCUGCAACAUUUCCAAAGAUGCUUUGUCACAGAUAAAAGAGGGUCUCAAUGAGAUCCAAUCAAUUCUACGGAGAAAACGCGGAGAUCUUUCAAGUCAGAUUAAGAAGUAUUUGGCUUCAAGAAGAUCUCUCAAGAAGUCAUUCCAGAAAGUCCUCAAGGGUUUGAAAGUAAAUGGUGACGAGUCUCUGGCUGUGUUUGGAGAAGCAGAAGAUCUGACAAUUUCCACGUUUCAAUCUGUGUUUUCUUUCGUGUCUGAAUCAUCAACGCCUUCUGGAAAAUGGUCGCUGGUCUCAAAGCUGAUUAACCAGAAAAGAGUUGCAAGCGAAGCACAAGCUACAAAUGAGUUUGCAGAGCUUGAUUCUGCAUUUCAAUCAUUCAUUGAGAAGAAGUCUCAAAAGUCGUUGGAAAUGGAGGAUGUAAAGAAGUUGGAGACUUGCGUUCAAGAUCUGGAAGAGGGGAUUGAUUCUCUUUUCAAAUCUUUGAUGAAAUACAGAGUCUCUCUUCUUAACACCUUAAGCCACUAGUCUACAGCCUGUAGAAAUUGUAUGGAAGAAAGUUACCAUACUUGUAAAUGAGUACAUAAAAAACGAAUACAAGAAAUUUCCCA